GUAGCCAUUGUGGAACUAUGUGGAAAUGGGGUAGUGGAGAUGAUUCUCCUUCCAAAACAGCAGCUCCAGGCUCCAGGGAUGUGGGAAGUGCGGCGUUGACAGAUCUGACGGAGCAGCUGACAAGCACUGAGAAGCUGCUGGCACAGCUAAAGGAGCUUGUCAGGGAGAAGGAUGCUGAGCUCCGGAGCAAAGAUCUUCAGUUAAAGGAGGAGAAGGAAUCUGCUGAUGCCAAACUUUCCAAGCUGAAGCUGCAGAACAAAGCCAAGGUUGCAUCAUUAACCUCGCAGCUGGAAGAACUUAAGAAGCAGUUAGCAGUGGCAGAAGGCUUAGAGGCCAAAGCAGAAUCAAAAAAGGCAUCAAAAGAUGGAGACCAGGAAAAUGCUGCGGCAAAUCGAGGGAAAAUAUUAGUGCUGAGAAGGAGAAUUGAAGAGCUGGAAUCUCAGAUCACACAAAAAAAUGAAGAGUUACAGAAAAAGGAUGCUGAGCUGGAGGUGCAACGCAGCCGUGGGGCUGAUAUGGACGCCAUGCUGGCAGAGAAGGAGAAAAAGCUGGCUGAAAGGGAUGCUUACAUCAGGGAUUUGCAGGUGGCCUGUGGAUCCAGUGAUGCUGCCAAUGAAAUAUUCCUGCCCAAUGAAGAAUUGAAGAACCAGCUGGCAGCUAAGGAGUCAUCACUGCAAAGCAUGGAGAUUCUGGUGCAGAACCUUACCAAGAAGGUGGGAGAGAGUGAAGAAAAAUGCAGCUUGUUCCAGGAGCAGAUUGAGAGCCUGAAAAAUAUUCAAAACAAGGAAAGAGAGCAUUUCCAAGGAAAAGAAGCUACAUACAUGGAAAAUGUACGUGUGUAUCAAAAUAUUAUCCAGGAAAAGGAAAAGGAGCUGGAAGAGCAAAGAGAAAAACAUGAGCAGGAGCUUUUUAGAUUAGCUGCUAAAUCUGAUGCAAGUGCUGACCUAGAACAGCUACUAAAGGCCUUGAAACAGAAGCUUCAUGAAAAGGAGGAAGUCAUGCUGGGAAGGACACAGGUGAUUGAUGUCUUGCAAAAAGAGCUGGAUGCCAAGGACCAGCAACUGAAAGAGAUUAAUGAAAACCUGAAACGCCUUCUCUCUGAAAAAGAAAACCUCCAGUCUAAACUGGAUGCUGAGAAACAUGUAAUGAGGGCCCAAUUAAAAGACAUGAUGGAAAAACAUGAGCUUGAAAUGACAAAAGUUAAGGCGAAAUACAAUGCUGAACUGCAUGAAAUUCGAGAGAAACAUGAAACUGAGCUGCAAGAAAAAGACCAGGCCCUGGUUCAGCUUCAGAAACAAGUGGCAGAGUUGAGGGGUGGUGGACAGAGUAACUCCAAAGAAGUCAAAGAUCUGGAAUCUGUAACCAAAGAGAAGAUGGAAGAUUUGGAAGUACAAGUGAAAUUGAAAAUGGAAGAGGCCAGCAAAUCUGAAGCCAAGUUUUUGAAAAUGAAGGCGUGGUCUAAAUCAAGAAUCAAACAGCUGGAGGAUGAACUGAAAAAUUUUUCCUCAAAGAACAAUGAUGUAUCUGCCUUAAGCAAUCGUGUGUCAGAAUUAGAAGUUGAAAAGGAAGAACUACAGUCAAAACUGCAGUCAUUGCACGAAAUCAGAACUCAAAAUGAAGAGCUGCUGAAAAAGCUGGAGCUGUAUGAAGAGCAGCAGAGGAAACUGCAAGCUGAUCUUGACCAAGUUACAAAGAGAGCAGCUUCACAGGCCAGUGAAUCAGGUAGCAUGGAUGAAUUGCAGAGUCAGCUCUUGGAAUGGCAGGAGAAUGUCCCAGAGUCAGAGGAGUCCCGGGAUCAAGUCCGAGAAGAGAAAUCUGCCAUGGCCUUGAGAAUGGCUCAGAUUGAGGAGGAGAGAGAAGGACUGAUUGAGGAUGACUGGUUCUUUCCUGGCUGCUCCAAUCCAGCCAUAGUCUCAGGGCAGCAGGAGCUGGAGGAGGAACUGGCCACAGUUCAAGGAAUGGGCAGGCUGCAGCAGGCAAGAAGAAAAGGCAGUCAAACCAGCAGGAAGCUGCAGGAAGAAUUCCCUUUCGAUGGCAAACAAUGCUUCCAAGAACUGAAUGUCACCUUGGAUAGCACUGACUCAGCUGAAGGAGAAAACAUGGGAGCAUGUACGUGCUGGAUGAACUGCCUAAUUGUGGCUCACAAAUACAGCAUCGAUAUGGCUGAGCACUGGAAUUGGAUGAUCUUUGAUGCCUAUCAAAUAUCUCAUGUGGCAAGAUGGCAAGAUCACAUGUUUGUUUUGAGUUAUGAGUCUUGCUCCUGUGAAUGUUUACGGAGUGUGGUUGAAGAGUUGGAAUUGGAAAGAAAUCAGCUGCAGGAGCAAAUACUUUUUCUGGAAGAGCGUUGUCAGGAUUUGGAAGACAGAUUUCAGCUUCAAGGUAGAAUGGAGGCUCUCCAGGUAACCUUUGGUGUAGAGGAAGAAGGGCAGCUAUUGAGGGCGGUGCAGAAUGAAAAUGAGCGUUUGCAAACUCAACUCACCCAGUUGCGCAACCAACAAAUGCGAGAUGUGGAAAAGCAUCAAAUUCUCAUAUCUGGCUUGAAUGAGCAGCUCAAAGGAUUAAGUGACAGAAAUAGUUUCCUUGAAAAUUCACUUGGAGAAAGAGAACAAAAACUGGUGAGCACAACAGAAAAGCUGGAACAAAUUGAAGCUUUGAGGAAACUGCUUCAAGAAAAGGAUAUUCUAAACAAAGAACUUGGGGAAAAGUUUGCACAUGCUGAGCAACAACUGAAUGAAGCCUUAAAGAAAUGCAGUGUGUAUGAAGUGGAGAAUGUUGAGCAGAAAACAGCCAUCAGUGAUCUCACAGAAAGAGUUGCUACACUGAAAGAAAAGACUUUGAAACAAGACAGCAUGGUGGAGUCCAUGCAGCUGGACCUGGACCAGACAAAUGAAGAGCUUGACAAGUUGAAUUCAUGCCAUUUGGAGGAGAGGUCUCAACUCAUUCAGGAUCUGCAGAAAUGUGAAAGAGAAAUUGAUAAUCUGAAAGAAGCACUGGCAGAAAAAGACAAGGAGAUGUCUGUCCUGUCUCUGAACAUGACAGAAUAUUCAGAGCAGCUUAUUAUCCUGAAACAUCAAGUGCAAUGCAAAGAGGAGGAGAUGCGGGGUUUGGAAGAGGCUUUAUCAAGGGCUAAAAGGGAAAUGCAUUUGCUGAAGGAAGUACAGACAGCUGAUGUGAGAGAUGCCAGCAUGAAGAUCUCUGUGCUUUCUGAGCAGAGUGACACCAUGAGAAUGGAACUGGAGAGAGUUAGAGCUGAGAAUGAAGCUAAAACCAAAGAAAAUGAGGAAUUAAUAAGGCAAAGCACUGAAAACAGCAUGACAAUUAAGGAUCUCUGCUCCGAAAUCAAGGCCAACAACGUCGCGUACCAUAACAAGCUCGCAGAGUGCGAGUCACAAAUUACUCUACUGAAAGAGCAAAUUACUAAAUCAUCUGAAAAGCUGCAAGAAACAGAGGAUAAACAAAGAAAAGAAACAGAAUAUUUGAAAUCUCAGCUUGAGGAAAGCAAUGAGCUGAAGGAAAAAUGGAACAGUGUGCUUAAAGAAGAAGAGAGCAAAGCACAGACAUUGGAAAAUGAGUUAAAGUCAAUUAAAGAUUCAUACAACAAACUGGUUUUGGAAAACACUAAAAAAAAUGAGGAAUUGGCUGAGUUAUCCAGAAAGCUCGCAGAACAUACUGAUCAUGAGGAAAGGGCUAAAAAAGAGUUGCAAGAGAAACAAGAGCUCAUUAUUUCGUUAGAGCAGAGACUUGGGGCUUUGGAGAAGCAGAAUGAAGAGACUAAACUUAAAUUAACUGAGGAUCUGAAAGCCAAAGAGACAUGUUGCAAAGAACUUAAUGACCAAUUAAAUGAAAUGCAUAAACAAAUUAAACAACGGGAGAUAGAGACACAGGAGAAAGCUUCAGCUAGUUACCAAUUGCAGGCAGAUCUUGAAGGGAAACGAGAAAAAUUGGCAGAGCAAAUAAAAGCAAAUGGAAAUCUGAAAAAGAGGAUAGAUACAAUGGAAAAAGAGAAGGAGCAGCUAAUCAGAGAAAAUGAGAAUUUGUCCAAACUCCUAGAUGUAAAAGAGUGCGAGUUGUUAAAGAAAACCCAGGCUAUGGCAGAAUUGGAGAAUAAGUUAUCUGUUAGCACUGCUGAGUAUGAAAAAACUCUUUCAGUACUAAAUUCUGAUAAAAACACACUGGCAAAAGAGAUUGAACAACUGUCAGUAGUUGCCAAGCAAAAGGAAAGUUCAGUUGCAGAACAGCUGAGGGAGAAAACAAAGGAAUGUAAUGUGCUGGCUGAGCAGUUGUCUGAAAGCAAGGAACAGACCCAACAGUUGCAUGAACAAGUGCAAUCACUGCUCAUUCAGCUGAAGGAGAUUAGAGAUGAAGAAAUAAAGAAAGAGGAAAUGUUAAAUAAUAAAUUAUCUGAAUGCAGUGGUCUAAUCCAAGAUCUCAGCCAUAGCAAGGAAAAUAAUUUACUUCUACAGGAAAAAAUUCAAAGCAUAACUUUGGAUUUUGAAACUGCAAACAGGUCUCUAGAAGAGAAAAAUCUUCAAAAUGAUUCAUUACGCAAGGAAAUGGAAGAGAGUAAGCUUUGUGUUGUAGAAUUGCAGGAUGAAAUAAAAAAUCUUAAAGAUGAAAAAACUAAAUUGAUGCAGUUGAUAGAGGAAAGAGACCUAGCUGUGGAAAGUCAGGGUUCAGAACUUGAGAAGUUUCAGAGGCAAAUUUUUGAAAAAAUGGAAGAAAAUACAGUGUUAAAUAAUCAGCUACAGUUAUUAAGCAAAGAAGUGGAUGUGCUUAGGCAUGAAAAGGAGGACUUCUCAGGCUUAUUGAGUGAGAGGUCACAUGAAUGUCAAUGUCUCCAGUCUGAAAUUGCUUCAGCAAGGCACCAAGCACAAACAGCAGCUCUGGAAAAUGAAAAAUUGAAAGCAGACAUAGAGACAGUUAAUGUUACAGUAAUCAAAAAGUCAGAGGAAAUAGCUGCUUUAACUUCACACCUGUCCCAACAAAGUCAUAAUAUUUUAGAUUUGAAGGACCAAAUUGACAGCCUGUUGAUGGAGAAAGAAAACUUAAAAAUUGCCUUUGAGGAAAAAGAAACUCUCCUUUCUGAAAAGGAGGCUUUGAUUCAGGAAGUGAAAGAUAAAGUGGCAGGAGAAGAGCAAUAUGUGGAAUUGAUUGCAGAUCUGCGAUGCCAAAUACAAGCCCUGAACUUUGAAACCAAUGAGCUCAGACACGCAAUGCAGGAAAAAGAAGAUGAAUUUAAAAGGCAAGCCCAAGAACUUAAGUUAUUAAAAGAUAAAUCUGAAGAGUCUGAUGUACUUAGGGUUCAACUGUCUGAGAAUAUGGAAGUUAUUUCUGACCUGCAAAGUCAACUUAAAAACAUGACAAACCAGUUGUCCCAGUUGAAUAAUUCAAUUGUACAGAAAGAUGCAUCUUUAAAACAAAAGGUAGAUGAAUGCAUCAGUUUAAAAGCACAGCUUUCUGAGGUACAGGAUUCUUGUGUUUUGCAGGAGAAACAGUUACAGCUUUUAGCCUCUGAAGCAGAACAGUUAAAAGUACUUGUUUCAGAAAAAGAAUCAACCAUCAACAGUAUUUUGAUACUCAAUGAGAAUUUAAAGAUGCAACUUCAAGAGAAAGAGACUGAGUUUGGUGUCUUAAAGAAACAGAUGGGGAAGCUGCAGGAAAUGAAAGAGAAUUUCCAAAAAGAAAUAGAGCAUCAGAAGAAUGUAAUAAUUGAGAGGGACCAGUUUUUAUCAGAGAAGGAAUUAUCUCUUACAGAAAACAAAAGUCUCCUCAAAACUCUGGAGGAAAAAGCAAGGAAAGAUGAAGAGAAGACACAUUUAAUUUCUCAGCUCCAAAGUCAGGUCCAUGAACUAACACAAGAACUACAAAACUCUAAAGAGCUAGUCCGUGAGAAAGAAAAUGCCUUUUUAUCUCUCCAGGAGAAAAUUGAAGCACAAUAUGAGCUGAGAACUGAGUUGCACGUGGCUCUUGGGCAGAAGGAAGAAGUUAUUGCUGGGCUGCUUAAUUCCUUAAAGGAGAAAGAUGUCAGCGUACAGUUGGCAGAGAGCAGUGUUAAUGCUCUUUCUAGUGAGAUUGACAUUCUCAGAUCCAAAUUAGAACGAAGUGGAACAGCCAUGAUGAACCUGACUGAGGAAUUUCAGGAAAAGAAUGAGAAGCUUGAUAAUAAUCAGAAAAAAAUCGAUUCUUUGACUGUUGAACUUGACUCUCUUAAAAAUGAGCACCAAAAAGCACUAGUCCAAAUAAAUACCCAGGAACAAGAACUACAGCAGAAAGACUUGGCUGUGGAGUCUCUGCGUGUAACGUGCACUGAACAGGCAGAGAAAUUGGAAUGUUUGAAGUUGGAGUUCAAAAACAUAAAUUCCAAAUCAUCUCAAGACUACCAUGACAACGCGCUUUUAGUAAACAAUCUGCAGUGUCAGGUGGAGUCUUUAGAGAAAGAAAAAUCCCUGUUGCAAGAUGAUGUUGGUAAACUGAUGGCUGAAAACGCUCAACUUGCUGCAUCUCAGACUGAUUUGCAAAAGAAAUUGGAAGAGCUCUGGGAAAUCCGUGAAAAACUAGAAACCAGUGAGAAUUAUGCAAGGAUGCAGAUAGAUGCUGUCAAACUGCAGAUGAAGACUGAAAAAGAGAAGUUACAGAUGCAGGUUAGUGUGAAGGGUGAAGAAUUUUCUAAAUUAGAAUUUAAGUGUCAAACUCUAGAACAAAGUCUGCUUGAGUUGGAAAACAAAUGGGUGACAGAACUUGAUAGGGCAAAUUCACAAAAUAAUGAUCUUGCUGAGCAGUUGAGCAGUUUAGAAAGUGAAAUUAAAUCAAAAGAUAGCAAAAUCCAGUCCUUGCAGCAAGAGCUGGAUCUUAUAAAAGAGAAAAUAACUCAGAGCUUAUCUCCAUUACUUAGUAGUAGGCUUUUAUGGAAAGAAAAGGCACAAACUUCAGAUUCUGAACUGCAGCCAACCGAUAGUAAAACUCAGUUGGAAAAAUUCUCCGCUCUGGUAGCUGCUAUUCUGAGCAAAGAAACAGAAGGAGAACGUUUGCAAGUGGCACUUGUAGAAAAACAGAAAGAAAUAGACACUAUGAAAGAUGAAUUAAGAAGUAUGGAGUCACUCAAGAAGCAGAAGGAGGUGCUGCAGAGUGACAUGGAAAAGAUGAAGGGCAAAUACACAUCUGAAAUGGAAUGUCUGUCAGAAGAAAUGGUGUCACUCAAGGAAACAUUAGGCAAACAAGUGUGUCUCCUGAAAAAAAGGGAGGAGUCUUUGGCAGAAAUAAAUGAGCAGGUGAAAUUUCUUCAAGACAAGAUGAAUAAAUCAGAAGAAAUGGUGAGAACUAGUCAAGAAAAGCUGCAGGCUGAAGGCAAAAAAGUAGCAAGUCUCCUUGAAGAAAUGAGGGAAAAAGAUCACCUCAUCAAAAACUUAACUUCCCAGGUCAAUCAGCAGAAGGAUUUAAUUUCUGGUCUAAGUCAGCAAAUAAAAGAAAAAGACUCUUCUGUUACCCAGAUCAUGGAGUCAUUGUCUAGUGAAAUGCUGAAUUUUUCUGAAGAGAGGAGUACAUUAAAUGCCAAACUGCAAGACCUUGAAUCUGUUCAUAAUAGUUUAGUGGCAGAGCUAAACCGAGUAUUGCAGGAACUCGGGGAUUGUAAAAAAGAACUGGAACAAAACCAGAUUGUGUUAAGCAGUAGAGAAACUGAGUUUAAAGAUUUAGUGAAUGAAAAAGAGGAGAUGAAGUGUAGUCUUGAGAAAAUGGGCAAGGAAAAAGAUAAUCUGAAAAAGAAGCUUCAAGCAGCAUUGAUAGUAAGAAGAGAUCUAAUGCAAAAAGUUGGGAAAUUAGAAAAGAGUGGACAGGAAGAAAUAGAAAAAGAGCAGAAAAAAGCAGAGGAGUUAUUGAAGCAAGUUAAUGAGUUAACAGACAAACUGAAACUAAUUGAAGGACGAAAUAAUGAUUUGGAGUCUCACCUUGGCACUUUGAAACAACAACUUGCAGAAAAAGAUGCCAAGAUAAGUGAUCUGACCAAAACCUUAUCUUCAAGAGCAUCCUAUUUAGAGGAGCUUCAGCACAAUAUCACAGAACUGAAUGAUGUCAUAGCUGAAAAACAAAAUGUUUGUGAGCAAAACCUAAAAUCAUUAGGGGAGAAGGAUUGUAUGCUUGCUCAUCUGCAAUCUGUGUUUGAUGAAAGAACAAGGGCAUAUCAAGAGGAACGUUCUCAGUUGCUCUUAACUCUUGAAGAGGUGAAGUCUGAGCUUAAAAAGAAGGAAGAAUUGUUGAAAAAUUCCAGUUUAGAAGAGCGUGGUUCAAGUGCUGGAGACAGGAAUGAGUGUCUGAAUCCCAACAGUGACGUUAAUGCCAUGAAUCAAUUACAAAAAGAAAAAGAAGCCUUACAGAGGGAGCUUUUGAUCAUGAAAGAAGAUACGAAAAAAUUCCAGCAUGAAAGGGAAGAGCAUGUGAAACUGGCAGCUGAUUUUGAUGAACAAAAAGCCCACCUUGAGCAGCUUAGGCAAGAACAUAAGGCACUCUGGGAAGUUCUCCAAACAAAAUGUAAAGAGCUGGGCUUUAACCAGUUAGAAGGGAUGGAGCUGAUUCCACCCAAGGCACUGCUGGGAGGAGAACAAGCUGACCCAAGGAAUUUGGAAUCAGACAAACCAAGAAACAAGGUUCAGGUUGCAUCCUUGAAGGAGUCAGAAAACAUGAUGACUUCAGUGCCAAGUGAAGACAUCAAGCUAAAAGAACUAAGAAGCAAUUAUGCAAAACUUCAGGAGGAAGCAGAGUUGUUAAGGAAAGAGUUGAGAAAAAUAUUGGUUGAAUUUGGUGAUGAUAAAGAAGAAAUAAUCAGUUUAAAGUCUUUGAGACAGGAGGAGCAAUGUCAGAGCAGCUUGUUGGAGGACAUAAAGCAUCUACAGAAAAAGCUGAAAGCACAUCAGACUGAAACUGUAGAGCUCAAGGCAGUGCUUGAACAUGUGAAUAAUGAGAAAAAAGCACUUCUUAAGAAAAGUGAAGAGGAUUACAGGAUGAGCCAGCAGGAGCUGCAGCAGUCAAUAAUUGAAGCUAAGCAGGAGGUUGCAGGGAAGAGUGAGGAAAUAGAAGCACUGAGAUGUUCACUUACGGAUUUAAAAGAGAAACUUGGUCUGGAAAAAGACUUACUAAACAAAGCUGUAAAGGAAGGCCAGGAAGAAGCCCACCAUUACAAAACAGCAUUUGAAGACAUGAAGAGUGAAAAAGAGAAACUUCUCAGCUCUUUGGAAAAGUCCAAUUUGGAACUAAUUAAGAUGAAAAAGGAUGUAGAACGUUUCAGUGAAGAAAAUAAAAAUCUUGUAGCAGAACUGUGUAUGCUGCGUGAGAAGGCUGAGAUGAGUAAACCUGUGGUGUUGGACAAAGAGCUUAAGGAAGAAAAUGGGACUGAAAAGAAAUUGGGAGAGGUUGAUUCAGAAAGUAAUUGCCUUCAAGGGAAUUUGGAAGGAAAAGUCACUGCUUUUCAACUAUCAGACACUGAUUACUCUGGGAAAGUUAAACUGAGAGAAGCAACAGAAUGUGAAAUCCAGAAACAAAUGCAAACGAUGGAAGAGCCACUGGCAAAACCUGCAAAUUUGAAUGAUUCCAAAGCCCAAGAGCAAAGAGCUGUAACAGAAGAGAGAUCCAGAGAGCGCCUCCAAAGGAAAUUGCAGGCAGCUUUAAUAUCACGUAAAGAAGCCCUGAGAGAAAAUAAAUGUCUAAAGGAACAGAUUGAUCAGCUGAUGUUGGAAAAAGAAGAACUGGUGAACAAGACAGGAAUGCUGGAGCACUUGCUAGAGCUUGGCAGAGAAAAGGAGAGGUCAAGUGCUGUGGCUUCAUUGUCCGGAGAGGAGAGCCUUGCUUUGGAAAAUGCGAGGCUGCUGACCGAAAAUGAAAACCUCACUGCGGCAUGUGAAAGUUUGAAAUCUACCAUGGAGUCCAUAGUUCAGGAAAAAGAGGCCUUUUCUUUCCAAUUAAAUACCUUAAAAGAUUCUCAGACAGUUGAAUUGACAGGAUGGAAGGCUAAACAUAGUGAAUUAAAGCAGGAGUAUGAGUCACUUCUUCAGGCAUAUGAGAAUAUCAGUAGUAAAGUGGCAGAUAUGAGGCAAGUCAUUGAUCUCAGUAGGAAAGAGAAACAAGAGGCUGUUCAAAGACUGAGGGAAGGACAAUCUGAAAAGGAGGCUCUGCAGAAGCAUUUACAAAAUCUCCUUGAUGAAAAUGAGGUUAUUAAGAACCAACUGAAACAACUUGGUGAAUCCAAGAAAAUGGAGGUUGAGGAGUUGCAGAGCAAAGCAGAAAGGCAGAUCCAUGAGCAGGAGGCCAGGAUGCAGGAGCACCAGGAUCGUCUGUGUGAGCUCACUGAGCAGAACCAUCAGCUGAUGGAGGAGAACGAGCAGCUGAAACAAACCUCCGAAAACCUGAAAAAGGCUUUAGAGAAAAUUCAGAAUGAAAAUUAUGUCCUUCAUAAUAACAUCACUGUAACUAAAGCAGCUUUGGAAGAGCUGCAGGUUCAAAUGGAAGUGUACCAAAAUGAUACACAAUCCAAAAUCAGUGAUGCGUUAUGUGAGAAUGAAUCACUGUUAAAGGACAUUAAUGUGUUAAAGGAUAAACUCUCUGAAAAAGAACAAGCUGUGCUUGUCCUAGAACAAGAAAGAAAGUUAAUUUCAGAAAAAGCGCAAGAAACUGAGAAAUCUUUGCUCCACAAAACUCACUGUCUAACAAAGCUGGACAUGGAAUGUAAAAGUCUAACGCAAGAAAUAUUUAGUCUAAAUGAGAAAGUUAAGAUUUUAAAGGAUGACAAGUGUUUGUUACAGGAAGAAUUAGAAAAUGUACAAGAAAGUUCUUACAAAGUAAAGAAUGAGAGAGAAUUUCUUGAGACAGAAUUGCUUCAUCACGUUAAAAAAGUUGAUCAUCUUACUGAUAGGAUGAAAUCUGCCCAGGUACAGAAUAACUUGCUGUUACAGCAGCUGGAAGAGUUAAAGGCAGAAAAAUCUAAUGUGGUUAGAGAAAAGGAAGAGCAGCAGCUCCAUCUUGUAAAGAUAUUUGAGGAGAAGGUGAAAAGUGCUCAGAGGGAUAAUAAUGGGACUAAAAACAAAACAAAAGAAUUGCAGGAACUCUUAAAGGAGAAACAGCAGGAGAUCAACCAAUUGCAAAAGGAUUCUAUAAAGUUCCAGGAGCUGAUCCUGGAUUUGGAGAGAUCUGUGAAAUUGUCACAGUCAAAAAAUGAAAAGUUCGAAAAGGACUUAAGUAAUGCAUCAGAAAAGCUGGCAGAAUCAAAUGAUGAAAUACUUCAUCUCAAGGGAAAGCUUUCUGCACAGAUGAACCUGCUGGAUCAGUCAAAGAGGGAAGUGGACAGGCUUAAAGAAGAGAAUCUAAACUGGAGGAAAGAACUUCAGAAAAAGGGAGAUGAACUGCAGCUUCAAAAGAGAGGAUAUGAGACAGAAUUGGAAUUUCAUCUCCAGCAGCUGAAAUUGCUUCACAAGAGUGAAAUUUCGGACCUGGAGGAAAGACAUGGUGCGCUUGAGAGAGAAAAGGAUCGGGCGAUGAGUGAGGUUCAGAGUUUGCAGGAGGAAGUUAGCAUGAAGGACUCUCAGAACAAGGAGCUGCAGACAGAGCUGAAUGCAGCUCUGGCACGAUUGGCUGCUUUCACAAAGUGCAUGUCCUCCCUUCAGGAUGACAGGGACAGGGUCAUCACUGAGAUGAAAAGCUGGGAAAUGCAGUUCAAAGAGGCCAUCCAAAACAAGGAAAAGCAGCUGGAAGACAGUAACAAAAGAAUAGUGGCCUUGCAAGAUGAAUUGAAAGAUAAAAUGACUCAGAUUCAAGAACUAAAUAUCAAAUAUUCUGUGGUAGAGGAAACAAAGGAUGAAUUGUACUUGAGGCAAAAAUCUGUUGAUGUGCAGCGCUAUGAAGAGCUCUGUAGGAUAAAGGAAGAGAAUACCUUCUUUUUUAACAGACAGCGAGAGCUGGAGAGUGUCCUUCAGUCCAAAGAAGCAGCUUUGCAAGCACUCCUGAAAGAAAAUAAUUCUCUUAAUCAUCUCAUAGAGAAUAGUAAGAGUGCAGGAAGAGAGAUAAAAGCUCUGGAAAAUAAUUUUACAAGACAGGAGCAAGAAUUGCAAGAGCUUCUAGUGGAGAAGGAAAAAAUGAAUGCUGAAUUGCAAAAGCAGAUGACCAUUUCUGAGCAAAUGAAGAUCAUGUUAAGUAAUAAAGACAAAGAAAUUUCCUUACUUAUUUCUUCAAAAGGGGAUGAAAUUUCAGAUUAUCUGAUUCAGGUACAGACUCAACAUAGGAAUCAGAUCAAAGAGUAUGAACUUCAGGUAAGGUCUUUGCAGAUGGAUAGACAGCAAGCUGAGGAGUCCUGUCAGAAGCUGGAAAACGAGCUGAGAAAUCUCCAGGUAAAAGCAGAAAAAGCAGAUCAGGAUAAGGCUGUGAUUGCCAGUGAAAUAGAUGCCUUUAAAAAAUCCAUGUCAUCUCUCCAGAAUGACCGGGAUGAUCUUUUUACCAGAUACAAGGAGCUGGAACAUCUUCACCAGGAUGUCUUAAACCAGAGGGACAGUCUUCUAGUUGGUAGUGCAAGUGAGACUAAUGCUUUGAAACAGGAGUUAAGGGUCCUCCUCAAUAGGAUAGAUGAUCUGCAUUCUGAAAAUGCAAUGCUGAGUGCACAACUGAUAAAAUACAGGGAAGAUCUUAACCAGGUUUUAUCUCUGAAAGACCAUCAGCUGAAGGACUUACUUAAGCAGAAAUUGGAAUGUAUUAAAAGCCUUGAGCAUGAAAAAUAUGAUCUUCAGAAACAAAUAAAAGAGAUGCAGCUUUCCAGUGAACUGCAGAAGGGGACUGCUGUGGCUUUGGAACAUGAGAAUAAAAAACUGGCAUCUAAAGUAAGGGAUUUAGAAUCUCUAAUUGUAUCACUAAACAAAGAGAAACUUGUUUCUGAAUCUGGAGAGAAGCUGCUAAGUAGUGAGAGUAUUCAGAAAAAAGAAUCCAAUGGGCAGCAUGGAGAAAAGCUUCAGAAAAAGGUUCAGGAACUCCAGAAAUCUGGAGGCAGAAAUGCAGAUGAGGAAUAUAGUGGGACUCUUUUGAGUCUUGAGGAUGGAGAUAAACCUGAUUCUCCUGAGAAGAUGCUGCUCAAAGUUCAGUCUCAAAACAGUGAGUUGAGAUCCCAAAAUGAGGCCUUUGGGAAAGCAAUGACUGCUCUGCAGAAUGACAGAGAUCGAAUCAUAGAGGACUUUAAAGUUCUUCAGAGCAAAUACACCUCUGAUCUCAAGACUGAAAGAAAAAAAGGAGAUGAACUUGCAACUGAAUUGAAGGGGUUUAAAUGCCAUCUCAUGAAUAUCCUCAAAGAAAACUCUCUUCUGGAUGGGGCUGUCCCUGAUACUGCAGAUCAGGUUACCCUUGCUCAGGUGGUUGAUGACAUUGGAAGUGUCUGUAGGACUUUAGUCAGUCGGGAGCUGGAGAUGAAAAGGCUCUCAGCUGAGUGUGGGAAUUAUGCCCAGCAGAUUGAAGCAUUUGCCAAGGCUAUGGCCAGUCUCCAGGAUGACCGAGACAAAUUGCUGCAGGAGCUCAGCCAUCAGAAGGCUAAAGAAGGAGCCAGCCUUGCAGCUGUUGAAAUAUCCAAGCUAAAGACCAAGGUUGAUGAUUUGGAGGGGGCUUUGCAUCAGACAAAAGCCUUCCAGGCAGAAACCGAGAGAGAGAUCACAUCAUACCAGAAUGAGCUGGCUGGAUUAAGAAUGGAAAAAAACCUCCUCCUCUCUGAGUCCCAGGCGCUGAGGAAUCAGUGUCAGAUCACAGUGGCUGAGAAAGACCGGCAGAUUGCUGAGCUCCAGAGGAUGCAGCAAGACAUGAUUGGGAAGAAGACACUCCCAGCUGGCAGCAGUUAUCCAGUCAAGGCUUUGGAAACUGCCUCCCUUGCUGGAAGUGCAGAUGGAGCAGAGGAAAUCAAACGUGUUCUGGCUGAGAAGAACCAGCUGCAGACUGAGCUGCAAUGCUGUCUCCAGGAGAUGCAGCAGAAGGACCUGCACUUCCAGCAGAUUAAUUCCAAGGUUGUGCAGUCAGCAGAAGAGAAUGCUGUCCUAUCUGCCCAGCUGAAGACUGUUUCCCAGACUCUGAGGGACAACCAGCUUCAUUACACUGAUCUGCAAAAUCGUUACUUAAGGCUGGAGAGGGAGUAUCAGGCGAUGCAAGUGACAUCUUUCCAAGGCUCACUCCAGGAUGAAACCAGAGCAGAAGUUCCCCCUGGAGCACCACGGGAGAGAUCUGGGAUUAUUGUGGAGAUAGACAAUACGGAGCUAAAUGAGCUCAGGAAAAGGCUUGCAGAGACUGAGCAGCAGUAUGAGUCAGUGCAGCAGGGUCUCUCCCAGCUCACAGAAACACUGGCAGAGGAGAGGAGGAGGAGAGAAGCUGCAGAAGAGGCUCUUGGACUCUCUGAGGAGAGAAGUAACAGAUUUGAAGCAGGCAGUUACAGGUCUGUCCCCAGUGACUACACUGUCCAGAUGGAAGCUGAGGAGGAAAGGGAAGCCUUAAUCAUCAAUCCCAGUGAACAUGUUGUUGUGAGAAAGAUGAAAGGAGGAGCCCUUUCCUUGCGCCGCUGGCUCCGGGGGCGAAGCCUUUACUGCUCCAAGCUGCUGACGGCCCGAGCCAAAUCCCGCUAUUUGUUCCUCACCUACCUGGUCACACUACACCUCCUUGUUCUCCUGUGCCUCACUGGUGUGCUCUGAAUCCACUGCAUUCCCUCGGUGGCUCCUUUCCCUGUGGGCAGUGCCAGUCCCAGCCUGGAGACUCCUUACAUGCUGCUGUUUUGCUAUGCACUGGACACAGUCGUACAAAUCCCUGGGACACUACACAGAAUCUUGAGCUUCUCCAGUGAAAUUCCUGCAUAUCACACUUUCUCCAAAGUUGACUUGAAUUGCUCUUUAACAGUGGGAUAUUAUAUUUGCUAAGGAGAAAAUAUUUCCCUCUGCCCUAUAAGGAAACUGCUGCAUACAAGUUAUUUAAUACUGUUUGUGGGUACAUAAUGGUUGAUUACUACUGAAUGGGUUGUAAAUGAUAUCUUUUCUAUACAAAUUUUAUUUUAAGAGUUAAAAUAUAAAUUCUAAAGGAAUAUCAAGCUAUUACUGUAUAUUGGCUUCUUGAUUAUAACAAGGAGUUUUUUGGAGUGCAAUAAAGGAAGAACUACUGGAAUUUUUAUUUUCUUUGGUUGGUUGGGUGGGGUUUUUUUUCUUUUUUUGGCUGAAAAUAAAAUAACUAAGGUUCUUUCUCAUUCAGUUUGUAAAGAAAUCAAGAUGCACAGAUUUGUGUGUGGUAAUGAGGUAAGCUGAUGAUUAAAGAUUCAGUAAAGAUUCACAAUUGAGGUGA